GUCUCUCUCUCCCUCUUUCUGUCCCACUCUCUCUGCCUCUCUCUCUCACUGCCCCCUCCUCUCUCAGCAGGCAUGUGGAGUCCAGUCGCUUCAGUAUUGAAGCUCCGCGCCUUUCAGCUUCUCCUGCACAGCAUAGUGAAUAAUUCAUCCUGUGCUCGGUUCAACAUAUUGAUGAUCGGCAACAGCAUCAGCAGCAGUGACAGGAACUGAUUUUUGACCCGAUCCCACGUCCACCUUUUCCACCCGCAAUUUUUGUUAUUUUGGAGGAUAAGGACAGAAAGUAAAGUUUGCCCAGAGCCGCAGCGUCGCUGCUGGGAGUCCACAGAUGGAAAUCACCCCUCUGUGCUCUUCACCUCAUUGCCACAAUAUGAAGCGGGCGUCUCUGCGAAGGUGAAAAGUGCUAGUGUUUAAGUGCACAGUGCAGCUCUCCUCACAGCAACUGCUCGUAUCACUUCUGUUCGCUGAGAGACUGUGUGAACCACCGGCAGACUUUUCCACCAUGGCGUCUAGUCUGACAUGCACAGGUGUGAUCUGGGCCUUGUUGUCCCUGCUGUGUGCUGCUGCCUCCUGCGUUGGCUUCUUCAUGCCCUACUGGCUGCUGGGAACGCAGAUGGACAAGCCCGUGUCCUUUGGUACGUUUCGGCGUUGCUCAUAUCCGGUGAGAGAUGAAGAGAGGCAGGCCACAGUCAUGCUGGAGCAAUGUGGGCGCUACGCCUCCUUUAAUGGGAUACCAAGUCUGGAGUGGAGGAUCUGCACGGUGGUGACAGGAGUUGGAUGCGGCCUCCUUCUGUUGGUGGCACUCACAGCUCUCAUGGGCUGCUGCAUCUCUGACCUCAUCUCACGUACCAUCGGGCGAGUGGCCGGUGGCAUACAGUUUGUUGGAGGUCUGCUUAUAGGAUCAGGCUGCGCUCUCUACCCACUGGGAUGGGACAGCGAGGAAGUACAACAGACCUGCAACAACAGCUCGGACCAGUUCCAACUAGGUUCCUGCCAGAUCGGCUGGGCGUAUUACUGCACCGGGGCCGGGGCAGCGACUGCCAUGCUGCUGUGUGCUUGGCUGUCCUGUUUUGCUGGCAAGAAGCAGAAGCAGUACCCGUACUGAAGACGUGGGGGAGAGACAGGGUGAGGCCACAGAUGGACUUUGGGUGGUAGAAAAAAGAGACAAGCCUCUGUGGACUCAUCAGUACAGCCAUCAGGCACCAAAGACAGCCGCGGUGCUCUGGUGCUCUGGGACACUCCUCUACUCCAUCAUCUGAAAACUGCAGGGACUCUUUCUUAAUGCAACACAUGAACCUUUGAAACUGGGUUCUACUCAUGAAAAUUGUUCUUAAAAGAGGAACAAACAAACAAACACACGGACCAAUUUUAUUGGUAAUGUUUCUGUGAGAAGUAUUCUCUGUUCUUUUGUGUCUUUCUCUCCUUCAGUACUGUAAAUGUGAUUGUCUUCCUGUGCGUGAAGCCCGGGCCACACGACUACUGAUGGUCAGCCAGUAGCCGAAUCAAAGAUUGUCUGUGAAAAACCCAGCAGAUUUCAGAGUAUUUCAAACUCACACUGCUUUACAGACAUAUUCAUAUACAUGGGAUGACUGUUUAGCUUGCUGGCUUGCUAACUGCACAUAACUAAGUAGCGUUUGGUGUGUAUAAUAUCCCGGACUGAGUUGGUAUAGUACAGUAUGUAGAUAUUGUAAGCAAUAUUUGGUGCAGGAACAAAAAUGGAAAAAAAGUGAAAUGAAUAAUAAUUUUGGUUUCUGAUCGAACAAAAACAUGCAGCUCAGGAAGGUUAGAACCUGAAGUAUACUCAUUAUCAAAUGUGUAGUUGUUGCAUUCAGAAAUGCAGCUGAACUGUUGGGGUGGUCCGAUAACCGUAAGCCAAAAACAAAAAUGCACUGUUGUCUUAUUUUACUUUAUAAUACAUUUUGGUUGGUCGUACCGUAACCACUUCAUACAGUCCCAGGUGUAUUAGGGUCUAAACCUGUUGAACUGAACCUGAACUGUUCAACCUCUGAUCUGAUUGACUUGAGUUGAAGAGCCAACUUCAAUCUGCUUCACAUGCAGUACCAACAAGGUCCUGUUUGUAUGUCAUUGACUGGCCAGUAACUGACCACAGGCCAGUGUGUCCCGGGCUGAUGGGAAAAACUUAUUACUACUUCAUUGUUCUGUGAAGUGUUACUGUCCUUCCUUCGUCUUUGCCUUAAAAAUACACACAGAAAUGCAAUAAUCCCUGUUACACAACGCAAUCCGACACUGGUUGCCUGCUUCCUCAAACCUGAACCUUUUCAAACCUCCAAAAUGUAAGCUCUAGUUUAUUUACCCACGUUCACAAAAUAAAUAUACAUAUAUAUAUAUGAACAUAUGCUACGUCGAUAUGGUACAUUGUGUACAAUAAAUGUAUUUUAUCAUAACAUAUUAGCACCUGUUUUGUAUUCACUGUUCAAAUAUUCCCUUCUUUUUAUUUUGCUUUGUAAAUAAAUGUUUAUUGAAAUCCC